AUGCCAGCACAACAUACUAAUGGAAACUCACGACCAGUUGGUCCGAAAAUCACUGAUAUGAGUGAUGAUACAAUCACUGAGAAUACAAUCCUAGUAAACUCACAACAUAAAGAUUAUAGAUUAUUAUUCAUAUUAAAAAAACUUGUACAACAUUUACAUGAUUUUGCAAGAGAAACUAGAUUAACUACCGAUGAAUGGGAACAAGGUAUUAAAUUUUUAACAGAAUGUGGUAAAAUGUGUUCUGAUAUAAGACAAGAAUUUGUAUUAUUAUCUGAUGUAUUGGGAUUAUCUGUAUUAGUUGAUUCUAUAUCACAUCCAAAACCAGAUAAUGCAACUAUUGGUACUUUAUUAGGACCAUUUCAUACUCAUGAUGCCGAGACUGUCGAACAAGGUGAUUCUAUAUGUUCAGAAGGCAAAGGGGAACCCUUGUUAAUUGAAGGAUUAUUAACUGAUCCAAAUGGUCAACCUAUUGAAGAUGGAACAAUAGAUAUCUGGCAUUGUGAUGAAAAUGGAUUUUAUGAUACUCAAUAUUCAAAUAGGGAACAUCCUGACAUGAGAGGUAUAGUGAAAACAGAUAAAGAAGGUAAAUUUAUUAUUAAAUGUACAAGACCAGUUCCUUAUCCUAUUCCUCAUGAUGGUCCUGUUGGUAAAUUAUUGAAAAAAAUAAAUAGACAUCCAUUUAGACCAGCUCAUCUUCAUUUUAUUAUUGAAAAACCUGGUUAUGAUAAAUUAAUCACUGCAUUAUAUGCAAAAAAUGAUCCUUAUGAAACUUCAGAUGCAGUAUUUGGUGUUAAAAGUUCUUUAUUAUUUGAAUUAGAUAAAUUGGGUGAUGCAAAGGCUAAAUUAUAUGAUAUGAAACCUGAUGAUUGGUUAUUACGCUGGCAUUUUAAAAUUAUAACUGAAGAAGAGUCAAGAAAAUUAGUUUUAAAACGUAAUUCAGAAGCUGUGAAAAAAUUAGGGGAAGAUGUAAGAAUCAACAAUGAAGGAUUACCUGAAGCAGCUCCAUUGGACUAA